AUUGUAAUGAUAAGUUAUACGCAGUUGAUAGUGAUCAUAAAAUUCAUUUGUCAAUUUGGAUUCUUCCCGUGGAACGUGACGAGUACAACGAUCAAAUUAGCCAAUUCACCGAAGUUCUUACCGGGCAUUCUCGGCAUUCGCAAGGAGGAGUUUUAUGCAUUCUGGGACAUUGUUCUGCUUGUUGCAUUAUUCUUCCAUCGUUAUAUGCUACGCAAAAUGGGUUUAUGGGACAAUGCGUCUAGUGUGCCAGAUACAUUCUUCGAGCAAGUUAGCAUUGAGAGUAGCACGGCGAUUAAGGAUAGUGAGCAGGAUGAGAAUGGUGCGCAGCGCGGACAGGUGGCAAUAGUGAAUAAUAGUGGGACUGGAAAUGGUAUGGGCACUGAAGGUGAAGUGAAAGAGGGUGGUGCAUCGAAAAAACGAGGCUUUCUCUCCGAGUUAUUCUAUCGUCUAUUCCACCCGAAGUAUCGCUACAUAAGGGAUUUGUAUCCGUUCAUGUUCUUGGUGGAUGUUCUGUGCUUUUUUGUGGUUUCGUUUGGAUACUCGUCAUUUGGAUAUGGCGGCAGCGGGAGUGUGGUGAAGGAUAUCAGUUCGAAUCGUGUGCCGAUCACAUUCGUGGUCAUGUUGAUUGUCAUCUCAGUGAUGAUCGUCAUCGAUCGUGCUCUCUACCUUCGAAAAGCGGUGCUCUGCAAACUGAUCUAUCAGUUCAUCACGAUCAUAUUCCUGCACGUGUGGAUCUUCUUUGUGCUGCCCACGAUCACCUAUCAAGCGGCCUGGUUGAACAAGACGGCACAGUUUUUGUACUUUGUCAAGUGUGUCUAUCUGCUGAUCAGUGCAUGGCAAAUUCGAAACGGUUACCCGUCGUUGUGUAUCGGCAAUCUGAUCACACACGCCUACGGACUGGCCAAUAUGGUGUUCUUCAAGGCGUUCAUGGCCAUUCCGUUCCUGUUCGAAGUGCGCACGGCGAUCGAUUGGACAUGGAUUGAUACGUCGAUGCCGUUGUUCGACUUCUUCAACAUGGAGAACUUCUACGCGACCAUCUACAAUCUGAAAUGCGCAAGAACAUUCGAGCAGAACUUCCCGGCACCACGUGGUGUGGCCAAGGGAGUGGUGGUCAAAUAUCUGAUGGGCAUACCGAUGAUAUUGAUACUGAUUUUGGUCAUUUGGCUACCGUUGUUGGCGUUCUCGUUGUUGAAUCGAAUCGGACUCUCGCUUAUACCCGACAAUGUGCAGAUGACGAUCAGCGUUGAGGGAUAUCCGCCACUUUAUUCAAUGGAAGCGCAAGGCAUUGAAUUGGUGAUGUUGAAUGAAAGCGAAUAUUUGCAUAUACAAAAUGCAUUCGCGGAACGUUUCAAUUCGUCGAAUCAAAAUUCGAUACUACGAGCCAGACAGGCCGUUGCAUUUAUCAAUGAGUACACCGUUGAGGAUAUGUUGGUUCGUUUUUGUAUUAUUUAUGAUUAUUUUGAUAAACCGAAUUCAAAUAUCAUUUUGAGUAUUUGUAGCAUUUAUUCAACGUUAGAGAAAAUUUUUGUGCGUUAA